GGAGAUCGCGCUGCUCGCCGAGGUCCUCGACGCGGUCGGCGAGACGUCGGACUUGGAGUGGCCAGUCUCGGCCCAGGAUGCCAAGCGCCUCCUGCGGGACAUCGGGGCGCGGGAGGUGCGCGCUCACCUCAGUGGCGGCGGGGUCUCUGUCGCCAAGGCGGCCGACAGCGUGCAGGAGCAGGUGGACGACGGCUUCUCCAUCGGCGUGGGCUCCGCGGCGGCGGUGGAGCAGCUCGGCAUCGGCUCGGGCACGGAGUCGUCGGGUUCGGAUGGGGCGAACAUCGACGCGUUGCCGGGCGCGUUGGUCAAGGGCACGGCCACGGUCGACAGCAGCGCGGUGACCGACACGAAGGACUGGUUCAUCGGGGAGCUGUCCGUGGAGAUGGGCACGCCGACGGAGGACCAGGCCGACCUGGAGGACAAGCUCGUGGACUCGCUG